AACAAUCGAUACUCUCGAUAGCACGAACUCUGCAUUUAGCAGAGAACUUUUAUUUACAAUUCAUAGUAGUUGAAAGUAAGGUGAUUAGUGAUGGCGGACAGACUAACCCAAUUGCAAGAUACUGUAAACCAACAAGCUGAGCACUUUUGCAAUGCUAUUGGUGUCAUUCAACAAACUUCGUACCCGAGCAAAUUUGCAAAUUUUGAUAGAACAGGCUCCCAGACGCCAAUUCAAAACUCACCACAGGAGGAUUACGCGCAACUUUUUGCUCAACUGAUUGCGCGUUGUGCUAAGGACAUUGAUACGCUAAUUGAGUCUUUACCUAAUGAAGACAGUUCAAUCGAACUGCAAAACUCAAGUCUUAAACGGCUAGAAAUUGAAAACCAAGAAACGGCUGAACAACUUGAGCAUGUCGUUUCAAAGGGAGAACUUUUGCUUGAAAAAAUCCAGAGUGCCUUGGGAGACAUUGCGCAGGCCCAAUUAGAUAUGCAAAUUACAUUGAAGCCUAGUUCGCAAUAAACAUUUGAUAUAUAUUUUAAUUGUCUAAUUAAAUUCUUAAUUGUUUUAAAACAUGUAAGACAUUAACACAAAACAUUCAAAAUAUAACUUUAAUGGGUUGUCAUUCUCAUCAUCAAAUGUAAUUUUUCUCAAAAAAUAUAAAAUCCCUAAAACAUCAAGACUGAGUGAAUACGAUUCAAUAUAUAGUAUAAUGUGCUAGUCUUAUAUGCGACACUAACGUUUGGUACCCAUGCGUGCAGCUGCAAAUCUGGGAUAACUAGUAAAUGUAGUGUCGCAAAUGAAUCUCCGUAACUUGCAGCUAAAAAAUAAUAUAAGAAUAUUGAUUUUUCAUAGUAAUAAUGUA